GCCUGCAAUCUUCGUCGAAAUCAUCUUCUUCAAUUGAUGGAAAUAGUUUCCGGUACACUGGAAUAUUGUAAAUCUACAACUCUCCAUGGACUAGGUUACGUAACGGAGUCAAAUCGACCUCUUUAUAAAAGAAGAAAAAGAAGAAAGCUACUGUGAGAAAACCACCGUUAAAAGGUAGAAAAUGGAAGGAUUUAAGAGACAAUUCAAUUGCAGGGUUUCUCAAAUACUGCGAAAUGACAACUCUGCAUGGUUUGCGCUACUUGGCUGAACCACAUCGACCUCUCUAUGAACGGAUAUUCUGGUUACUGGCUCUAGCUCUUGUUUACACAGGAAUGACUAUCACUAUCACUGCGCAAGUGAGAAACUAUCUGAGCAACCCGGUUCUAAUGUCACUCAAUGGAGAAAUAACGCCAACUUGGGACAUUCCUUUCCCAGCCAUCACAAUCUGCAGUGAAAAUCAAAUCAAUCCGUCCUUAAUCAACUUCACCGAGCUCAUCAACAAACAAAACCGAACAAUAGAAGAAAAAAUAAAAUUGAACUUGGGUGUUCGUAUAUGCACAGAUUACAUCCAAUCUUUCGUUAAUGAACACUUGCUGAAAAUGAUGCAUGAUCUAAGUAAAGAUGAGUUAUUAGAUUCUGAGGCUAAUAUGAAAAUCACCCUCAAGAUAGGCACAACUUUAUGCAAGCGGAUUAUAAAAUCAUUCAGUUGGCAGAAUAUAAGGAGAACAAAUCCAUGCGCUUAUCUUCAAAUGUUUUCAACUAAGGCAGGAAUCUGUUUCACUUUUAAUAUGCUUCCAACAAGUCAGUUGUUCUCACAAGAAUACAUUGAAGAACUCGCCCCGGCGGUUUAUGAUGAGUUGACAAAUAUUCCAUACAAAUUUUACCUAUCUGAUCGUAUUUGGGAAUUGGAAAGUGGAUAUAAAGAGAUAAAUUUUGAUGAAAAUAGCAUACCAUGGAGGACUCCAGGAGUGUCUUAUGACAAUUCUGCCACAUUUGUUCUAGAUUUCUUGUCUGACGAUAUGGACGAGAAUUGUAUUCAAGGAGGACACGGAUUUUGGACUGCUGUUCACAAUCCAGCAGAGCCGCCAACACCCUACCAAACAGUGGCCUACGCUGAAACUGAUGCGACCACCAUAUUCAAGAUAUCCCCGCAGCUGACUAGCACUUCGGAAAAUCUCCGAUUUUGGACGCCAGAAGCCAGAGGCUGCUAUUACAGUCAUGAGCGCAAAUUGAAGUUCUACAGCACUUACACUUUACAUAAUUGUGACAUUGAAUGUGAGGCUGAAAUGAUUUAUAAUGAAUGCAACUGCUCUGUUAAUGUUUUAUCGCACCGAAUAUCUACUCCACUAUGUGGAAUUCAUCAAGUUGAUUGCUUGAAAGAAGUUAUAAUAAAAUUUUCAGCUCGUGAACAGCACUCUAGAAAAUUCAGCGAAUGUAAUUGCUUGCCAGCCUGUACUGAAAUAGCUUACGAUAUGGAGUUCAGCAGUUUGCCAAUGCUAUUCGAGGAUCCUAGCUCCAACAUCUCUAAGAAUGCUACUAAAAAGGGAAAUAUAGCUGUUAUAACUUAUCUUUUCAAAACAAAUUCCGUUAGUAAUAUUCAAAGGGUGGCAAUCGUGACAAUAUCUGACUUUAUAGCAAAUAUUGGCGGCUUGAUGGGACUUUUUCUAGGAUUCAGUUUUAUUAGUCUCUUCGAAGUGAUUUAUUUCAUGACAGCUCGUUGGGCAACUGAUGUUUGGAACAAUCGCAGAAUUUAAUUAAGUAUCGCACAUUUGAACUAGGAAUAUUUAGAAUGAAUUCAACAGAAUUCGUAUAUUUUUUAAGUGACUCAUAUCGUCUGUUCUCUCUAAGCCUGUUCUAUUAAUUUACAAAUUGCAGUAUCUAUUUGAUUAUUACAAUAAAAAGAAUGUGAAUGUAACCAAUUCGAAUAUGGUAUUCUUCCUUGAAUAAUAAUCCAUCAAAUACUUAUUAUUUGUUUACAUAACUUGGAUAAUUACCUGUAAAGGCCUAAUCUACAUUGAAAAGAAGACUUCUCUGAUAAAUAAUUUAUUUAUUUAUAAAUUAAUAGAUACAAUAUCAUUCUCAACAAUGAAUGAUUAAGAAAGCAACAACUUAAAGCCCAAAAAUAUUGGGCUUUAAAAUAUAAAGAAUAUUAAAUAUGCUAAUAUUGUGAUUGUGACAUUUUACAGUAUUAGAUUCGAAUACUUCUAAGUACCGUAUUAGUGGUACU